AAUUGGAACCUCUUUCAAAGAGAGGAAAAUUAAAGAGACUUGUGCAGAGUUUAAAGAGAAGUAAUGGAAGUCCAUCUUCUGUAACUUCUCCUGGAGAAAAUGGUAUGGAUGUUUCAACGGCCCUUUCCACAAUAACAACAUCAACAACCCAUACUAAUAUCACAACCAACACUACAAGUACAACAGCCACAAAUACAACCUAUUUAGCUCAUGAUAGUAUUGGCAUUGAAGCCAACGAAUUGAUGAUGCUUUUAAAGGAUGAAAUUGGUUGGAAUCUCUUCUACGAAUUUUGUACGAAAGAAUAUAGUGCUGAAAAUUGUCAAUGUUUACAAGAUAUACAAACACUACAAAAUAAGAUUACCAGAAUGAAUGGAAAGAAGAGAAGAGAGUCAUGCAAAGCUCUUCAAAGAAAGUAUUUUUCAGGUGAAAGUGUUCAACAAGUAAAUGUAUCUGGUCGUUCUAGACAAUUGAUAAAAUCGAUAGCAAACUCUAAGGUGAUUGAUCUUGAAACAGCCAACGAAUUGUUGAUUCGUCUAAGAAAAGAAGUUGUCAUGAAUUUGAGAGACACAUUCUCUAGGUUUAUCCUCACUGACGAUUAUUCAGACUGGAAAGAAAUGAUGAUGAACCCAGAAUCUAUCUUCAAGGAAUAAUUUGAACAUGUUGUUUAAACAACAUCAUGCAGAGAUGUUACAUGCACAAUUCAAAAUAAGCAGUACCUUGUGGAAUUUUGUUUGUUCUCCAUAGAACGUUUUGGCCCAAUUACCACUUGCACCGAAUAGGAAACUCUUUCAACGCAAAAUAUGAACGAUGUUUACGAUUGAAAUUAAUAAAUCCUAAAAGAAAUUGAAUGUC